AUGUGGCAGCUUUGUAUCACAUCAGACUAUGAGGGAUUCUGCCACAGCGAGCGCCGCGCGGCCGCGCACGACGCGGGCGGCCUCUCCCGCAAGCACCGGCUCGUCAAGGUGGAGAGCGGCGGCGGCGCGGCCCAGGGCGCCGGCCAGCAGCACGGCCAGGGCGGCGAGCAGCUCGUCCCCUCCGCCAAGAAGGAGAAGGUCUUGAUACCAGAUGACUACUCAGAUCCAUUUGAUGCCAAAAGUGAAUUAAACAAAAUGAGAAAAGGGGAGAACACUGGCUAUAUGGAACCGUAUGAAGCCCAGAGAAUAAUGACAGAUUUUCAGAGGUCUGACAAUGAGAAACCCCAUGAAAAAAGCAUGCAGCUCUACGAUAUGCCCUAUGAACCAGAAGGCAGCGGUGUSGAAUCGGACUCUGACAGCGUGGUGAGUCAGCAGUUGAGAGAAAGCAAGUUGCCACAGGACGAUGACAGGCCUGCAGAUGAGUAUGACCAGCCGUGGGAAUGGAACAAAGUCACCAUCCCAGCCCUGGCAGCCCAGUUUAAUGGAAGUGAGAAGCGUCAGGCGCCGUCUUCCUCGCACAAUCAGCGCAGGCAGUUACGGGCACCCGGAGGAGGAUUUAAGCCCAUCAAACACGGCAGUCCAGAGUUUUGUGGCAUCCUCGGAGAAAGGAUAGAUCCGACUAUUGCACUGGAAAAACAGAUAUGGUAUCAUGGAGCAAUCAGUCGGACAGAUGCAGAAAACCUGUUACGUUUAUGUAAGGAGUGUAGCUACCUGGUAAGAAAUAGUCAAACAAGCAAGCAUGACUAUUCUCUUUCACUGAAGAGCAGUCAAGGUUUCAUGCACAUGAAGCUGAUGAAAACCAAAGAAAAAUACAUCCUGGGUCAGAACAGUCCUCCUUUUGGCACUGUUCCGGAAGUCAUCCACUACUACACUACAAGGAAGCUGCCCAUCAGAGGAGCAGAACACUUGUCACUCCUCUACCCGGUGGCCGUGAGGACUCUCUAAUACCCCCYUCACAGCUUGGUGUGGAUGGGAGGUGAGAGACGAUGUGGGGUGCCCAGGUUCCACUCCUGGCAUUGAGCACUUCAGCCUGUGAUGGAGAGUGGCCGCCUCCAGCCUUGGACACAGAGGCUCUCUGCAGAGAUCUGUGUGGGACUGUGUGUAUGGUACUUUGACACUGCAGCAUGCCUAUACUUAAGAGAAAGGAAUCUCAUUUUAGUGCAAGGAGAAUAGAUAACCUUCCCAGAGCUUCUCUGAAAAUGAAGGUGUUUUCUAAAACCAAGUUCUUCCAUGGUUUGGAAGAGAAUCAACAACUUCUCCAUAUUAAAGCACCAGCAACGUUCAUUCUCUUGCUAGGAUAAGAAACUUAUGUAUGUGAAAAAUAUAGCCAAGCACUGAGGGACACACUUUUCCAACAAAAUACUGGGGAACUGUGAAGGAGCUACCUAGAAGGCAAGUCACCAUGGUCGUGACUGGUCAGUUAGGUUGGUGUGUCUUUUUUUAUGCAGUGUUUUGGAGUARUUGAACAAUGCAAAAUCCUGUUAGACACACAAGCCUAACAAAUAAUUUUGUGAUGGCAAAUCAUGGUCCAUUAUUUAUGAAUAGGGGAUAUAAUUAAAAUAGUGGAUUAAUAUAUAUUUUUAUCCUUUCUGGUACAUUAAUAAAUUUUUAAGGGUUGCUGUCUUCAUUUGCAAGUUUCAUUCAUAAAUGCAGGUGGAUAGUUAAGAAUAAGUCAUUUUAACCCAUAGGUUUGUAUUUAUGCAGGAGGGUGGUUGAAAAUUUUUGCAAGGUUUUUGCAGGCAAAAUCUUGACUUGCUCAUUUCACCUGGGGCAAACUAUUGCCUUACUGAGGCAGCAGAUAUAGUGUGUGUCAUGUUGCCUCCACAAGCUGGAUUUUUCAGCCUUAUAAAUGAGGUGGUGCAGUAUGUAUCAGAGCAGGGUUUUUUUUCCAGUGUAAAUGAUAUUCUUAGCACAUGAUCCCUUGACACAUCCUUCUUGGCUAAAUUUCAUUUCUUGCAAGAGCUUCAUACUGGGCUGAAGCACUGGAGAAACUACCCUACCUCAAUCCUGCCAGCCUAAUUCCCACCUGCUUGUGAGAUAGCUGGUAUGUACCAGCUAUGAAGGCAGUAAGUGAAAAACAGUAAUUGUGCAGAAAUGCUGGAACUGAGGAAUCAGUCCUGACUGGAUGCCACCUUGCACCUGUACGUCUGGAAUGGUCAUCAGGUAUUGGAGUAGCAAAUAGCAUGCAGUUUGCGUAUUUUACAGAUUACAUUAGGACUGUGAAACUGUUAUUUAAUUCAGCUUUCUUUCCCACUUUUUCCUUCUAUGUAUGCUUUGAAAUAAGUACAGAUCUGAAAAAUAGAAUGGAAUGAUCAUUUUUUUAAUGCCUGCAAAGUAGUACUACACUGUAUUGUCUAAUAUGAAAAGAACUUCAAGAUAAUCCAUAAUAUGCCAUUGAAGAUGAAUGUUCUGCUGCCUGUCCCUGCCCCCUUCCGACCAGGUCAAUACACAUCAUACAUAUAUGGAAACAGUUUGUUGCACCUCUGGGGAUCAAUUUUUGGGUCAACAAACAAAAAUCAUGUCAGAAAAUAUUGGUUGUCGGUGGAUGGGUUUUUUUAAGGGUUUUAGAAAGACUGAGAGCCUCUCAGUAACUACAGCAUAAAUAAACCCAAGAUUUUGUUUGCACUGUAAUAUUGUCUUUGUUUAUUUAAGUGAUUGUAMG